GGUGGUGCAAUAACUGAGUUUAUAAAAACAGAUUGAAUCACAAUGCUUAUUAGCAAGUGAAUUCGUGUCAAAAUGAGAGCAGUUUUCACAACUCUGUUGAUCCUGGUAUUGCACUGUACGCACUGCAUGUUGGAUUCCAGAACAGACAAAGAUAAUCUGGAAGUCUGCACUUUGUCCAGUGUUACUAAUGGAUCUGUUCCUAAUGUCAAGGAUAAAUAUUUACCUGGAGAAAUAGUAUUGUAUUCUUGUGAGGCGGAAUAUGUUUCAAUCACAGGACUUCAGUGGGGGGCCUCACAGUGUAAGUCUGGAGAGUGGCAUCCUGUCCCACAAUGCACCAAGAAAACUUGUGAGCAGCCAAGUAUUUCUGAUGGUUGGAUCAAAAAUGCUAAACAUGCUUAUGAUAUUGGGACUACCCUAGAGUAUGAAUGCUAUGGAAAUCUUGUUCCUGCUCAAGAGAAGUCAGUUUGCACCAUUGACGGCUGGAGUUCACAACCCCUGUGUCAAGUUAAACCAAAGGUCUGCAUUUUGCCUGAUAUCACACAUGCCUAUUUAUUUAAUAAAAAGAAAGAGUACAAUCCUGAAGAAAUAUUAACUUUCACUUGUGAUACUGGCUAUAAAUCAAACACAAGAAGUUGGUGGGGUGGGACGCAGUGUAAAGCUGGAGAAUGGCAACCCACACCUGAAUGUAUUGAUGAAGGAACAGUUUGCCCUGACCCACCACGUGUGGAGAAUGCCAUAAUCACACAAUUGCCUAAGCUCUUUGUUAAUCAGGACACCGUGGAAUAUGUCUGCAUACACACGAAUGAAAGGCACAACAUUACCUGUGUAAAUAGGACCUGGACGAGUGCACCUUCCUGUUCAAUCACAUGCUCCACAUUAAUACAGGAUAGAACAAUUAUAUUUACUCCAGAGAGACGUCAAAUCAGAAAACUGUGGACGUAUUCAUAUUCAUAUUCAUUUCCUCAUGAAGAUGUAAUACAAUACUCAUGCAUUGAAGGCUACAAACCAGAUACAAAAACCAAAAUAACCUGUGGUGUUAAGGGCUGGGAGCCAUCACCAAAAUGUAGUGAGAUAAUCUGUGAUAAACCAGAUAUAACUGCUGGAUAUGUCCAAAGUGGAAAAGCACAGUAUAAAUAUAAAGAAAGACUGCUGUAUGCUUGUCACAAAAACUUUAAACCUACAGGAGUUAGUUCAACCUGUACAGAACAGGGAUGGAAUCCAGUACCAGUCUGUGAAUCAUUUACAUGUGAACGGCCUAACACUGAAUAUGUUGGUAAUACCAAUAACAGCAAAUACAUCAUCGAUGAGACCAUUGACCUAGAAUGUCCAAAGGGUUAUAAAACUAAAACUAAUGAACAACGAGAGACACUUACUUGUACAGAAUCAGGCUGGCAGCCACCAGUGCUAUGUGAACCAAUCAUGUGCUCUAUAAAUGAACAGGAUAGAAGAAUUGUGUUUAAUCCAAGUAGACGUCUAAUUAGACAAGGGUGGUCAUUUUCACAUUCAUAUUCAUUUCCAUAUGAAGAAGUAAUUCAAUACUCAUGCACUGAUGGAUUCAAACCAGUGACAAAAACACAGAUAACCUGUCGUCUCAAGGGCUGGGAUCCUUCUCCAAAAUGUAUCGAUGGAAGAUGUUCCCUGCCUCCUAAAAUUGACAAUGGAGACAUACAAUAUGAUAUUAACUCAUGGUAUAAACAUGGUGCUGAAGUUACAUAUCAGUGCAAAGAGAACUAUGUGAUGGAAGGUGACAGUGUUAUCCAAUGUUCCAUGGGAGUCUGGUCCAAACCACCUCAGUGCAUGAAGGCCUGUUAUUUGAAAAUUCAGGAAAAAGCAAUUAUACUCAAGCACGGAAAUGAAGUGAAAAUACUCUGUCCAUCUGGGAAUCCAACAACAAUAAGGUGUGAAAAUGGCCAAAUACUUAAUACAUGUAAGUAUAAUACAAUUAUUUUCAAAAUCCAUUCAGUUUUGCCUCUUUUAAUUUGUUCUAAAACUUUACACCUAAGUACAAACUGAGAUCUCUAUCUAUAA